GUUAACAACCUCCUUAUUAAAAGGUAAAGUGAGAGCGUUCUCAUUGGCAGAGUCUCCCACAACACAGAAGCUUGCAAAUAAUGGAUUCAACACCUCUCCACUUUGUGUUCAUCCCGUUAAUGGCACCGGGUCAUCUUCUUCCCAUGGUGGACAUGGCCAAAAUGUUUGCACGACGCAAAGUGAAAGUGAGCAUAGUCACAACACCCCUCAACUCCAUCCACUUCCAAGAGAGCAUAGACAGAGAGAUUCAAUCUGGCUCACCCAUCCAGAUUCUGCACGUUCCGUUUCCAUGGGCCGAGGCUGGAUUACCAGAGGGGUGUGAGAGCCAAGACACUCUUCCUUCAAUGGAUCUCCUAUACAACUUCAAUGUCGCCCUGAACUUGUUGCAGCGCCCAAUACAAGACCUUUUACAAAACCAAACCCCAUUUCCAAGCUGCAUAAUUGCCGACACAAAUUUCCUGUGCGCGGCUGAGGUUGCAGAGAAGCUGAAUGUCCCUAGAAUAAUAUUCGACGGGACUAGUUGCUUCUAUCUGCUGUGCUGUCACAGUUUAAACAAGAACAAGGUCCACGAAGCUGUGUCUUAUGAUGAGAAAUUUCUUGUGCCCGGAAUGCCCCACAGGAUCGAACUGCGAAGGUGUCAACUCCCCGGGAUAUUCUACCCUGGCAAGGACUUGAAGUUGCAAGCUUUCCGUGAGGCGAUAAGGGAAUCUGCGAAAAAAGCAUAUGGGAUAAUGGUUAAUAGUUUUGAAGAGUUGGAAGGGGAGUAUGUGAAAGAGUAUGAAAGGGUUACGGGGCAUAAGGUAUGGUGUGUAGGACCUGUGUCGCUGUGCAAUAAGAAUGACACGGAGAAGGGUCUGAGAAGUAAGAGAAACUGGAGUGAUGAAGAUAGGUAUGUGAAGUGGCUUGAUUCAUGGCCUGAAAGGUCUGUGAUUUAUGUGUGCCUUGGUAGCCAAAACCGUGCAACGCCAGAGCAGUUGAUAGAAGUGGGGUUGGGAUUGGAAGCGACAAAGAGGCCAUUCAUUUGGGUUCUUAGAGGUGCAUAUAGAAGAGAGGAAAUGGAGAAAUGGUUGUUGGAAGAUGGGUUUGAAGAGAGGGUGAAAGGGAGAGGGAUUCUGAUAAAGGGUUGGGUGCCACAAGUGUUGAUACUGUCACACAGAGCAAUAGGAGCGUUUUUGACACAUUGUGGAUGGAAUUCAACGGUUGAAGGGAUCUGUGCAGGGGUUCCGUUGGUGACUUAUCCUCUGUAUGCUGAGCAGUUUCUUAAUGAGAAGGUUGUGGUGCAGGUGGUGGAGACUGGGGUGAGUGCAGGAGCUGAAACUGUUGUGCGUUUGGGAGAUGAAUUCAAGGCUCGAGUAGAGGUGACGAGGGACAAUGUUACGGAUUCAAUUGAGAGAGUAUUAGGUGAAGGCAGAGAAAAAGAAGUGAUGAGGGAAAGAGCAAGAAAUUAUGCAGACAUGGCAAGGAAAACAGUAGAGGAAGGUGGUUCAUCUUACAACAACAUGUCUCUGCUAAUUCAAGACAUCGUUCGUUCGAAAAUGUCACAACAAAAUGGCACACCAAAUGUUUUUUUAGAGUAAAUUAUGUUCAGAGAUGCCUUAAGCUUGACUCAGAUCGCCCUCUUAAAUUUUAAACUGGGUGUUUUUGCUUAAGCUUUGUCUGUAUGAAGCACGAAAAGUGGAUCUUUGAUUUACGGAAUGUUAAGCUUUGUCUGUAUUUUUAAAUUUUUAUCAACUAGGUUUCAUUAAUGUAGAAAUUUAA